UAGAAGCGAAAAUAUGAUUCAUUAAUGGUAAAAGUACACUUUUAAAACAGUAUAGGUUUGAUAACGUAUUUAAUUGUAGCAAAAUCGUGCUCCAAAACGGCGUCAAAACGACGGCCCCGCAGGAUUCAGAGCCUUCGGACACCAUUAAUAACAGAUCGAUCCGAUCACCAAGAAAACGAUUAAGCUGUGGAAAUAUGGCCAUAAAAUGUCAACACCAGCAGCAUGACCAACAAGAAGACCAGUUCCAGGCUAAAAAGUCUCUCAUUGAUGAAGAAAAACCCCAAGAUCAGCUAAGUGCUAAUGUGCAAGAGAAAUAUGAGCUACAACACCUGAAACAUGAUUGGUUUGAAAAGGAUAAAGACAGCUUGAAAGUUACUGUAUACAUAAAAAAUCUCAAGAAAGAACAUCUUAAUGUAUCAGUGAUGGAAGAUGAAUUGAAUGUGCAGUUUGCAACAAGUGAUGAGAAAUUUUUGAACAUGUAUCAAGGAACAACAGAGAAUACUGUGUUUAACUGGAAUGUCAAGCUAAGGGGAAAGAUCAACAAAACCAAAUGUUCCUUCAAGAUUCUCAUGUACAUGAUUGAAAUAACAUUGAACAAAGCAACACCUGGGAGUUGGAAAUCUCUUCAACCACCAAACCUUACAGGCCUACAAGCUGAAAAUAGUGACAAAGAAUUCACCAAGAUUAUACCAGAUUCUCCUAUCAAACCACCUGUUAGAAACACCAAUGGGGAAGCUGUUAGAAACACCAAUCAGGAARCUGAUCAAACUGUCCCUCAAAGCAGCUUGUCAGAAAAAGAACAUAAGGUGAAUGGCAUCAAUGAACCCAAGCAUUGUAACGGCAUCCCAGAUAAUGAGGAUUCAUCAACUUGGAAUGGUGCUUCUGUAAAUAGUAAAUCUGCACCUUAUGGAUGUAAUGGUACUCCUGCCCAUCCUCCUGCACCUCCACCAACACCACCUACAGCACCUUUGAUCCCUCCAACCAAAUCUGGAGUGAUAGGGGGUGGUAGAACACCAAGCAAUGGUAGUAUGCCCUUCUCAGAAGCCAUACAUAACGCUGCUAAAACAGGAGACGACAUGGAUGAAAAUAACACUGAUAUGGACUUCUUGGCAGAGAGUUCAGUGAAGAAGGGUUUUACUGGACUGGAAAAUUUAGGRAACACUUGUUAUUUGAAUUCCAUUGUUCAGUGCUUGGCAAAYACAAGACCUCUGAGGGAUUACUUUUUAAGUGGUGAAUAUGAAGAUGAUCUGAAUUCUGAAAACCCUCUUGGCCUUGGAGGACACCUUGCGCAGGUGUUUGCAAAUCUGAUGAAGCACAUGUGGUCAGGCAAACACAGACAUGUACCCCCACAACAACUAAAGGGAUUUAUGCAGCAAGAUGCUCAGGAGUUUAUGGCAUUUCUUCUCGAUGGACUACAUGAGGAUAUGAACCGCAUUAGAAUAAAGCCCUACACAGAGGAAGUAGAGGGAGGCAGCAGACCUGACCAUGAAGUGGCAGAUGAAGCGUGGUCCAGGUACAAGAGAAGGAAUGAUUCAAUCAUAGUGGAUCUCUUCCAGGGUCAACUUAAGUCCAAGUUAACUUGUCCUGUGUGCAAAAAGAUAUCUAUCAAGUUUGAUCCAUUCAUGAACCUCUCAGUCCCACUUCCAAAAGAACAAAAACUUCUCAAUGUCAUAGUAUUCUUCAAAGACCCAUCAAGAACACCCAUGAAGUUGGUUGUCAAAGUCGCACAAGAAGCAAACCUAGAGCAGUUGACAUCAGGAGUAGAAAAGAAAACUGGAGUCAUGGAAGAAAACAUGAGAGUUUUUGAGGAGUUCCAGGGGAAAUUUCACAAAUUUUUCGAAAGAGGAAGCAGCCUGGCCAAUGUAGUUUCUUCAGAUAACAUUUUUAUUUUUGAARUGUUGAGUAUAGAAGAAGCUGGAGAAGAGGUGUAUAUAGUGCCUGUCAUACAGAGACUGUUGUAUCCUCUCACUAUCCCACUUCACUGUGCUGACUGCUUCAAAAAUGAAGAUCUCAAUGAUCCGCUGAAAAGAUGUCUUGGAUGUUAUGCUAUUGGCUACUGCGACAGGAAAUGCCAGGAACGACACUGGCCAGCACAUAAGAGGCAUUGCAAGAAGGGUGGCAAGCAUUCUAUAGGUUUGCCAUUUAUUGUAAGCAUGCCAGCUUCACAGGCUACCUUCACAAGAUUGAAAGAUCUGGCUGAAGAAUAUGCCAAGACUCCCUUCCUUCAAAGUGACCAACCGCUCGAUUUGACCAACAGAAUCCUUGCUUUAGAUUGGAGAAAUAAUCCAAAAACAAAGAACUGGGUGAACGUCAAAAAUAAAGAAGUAGAAUGUGAACGACAUCCUUCCUGUGAAAGUGAAGAACUCUCUACCUCGUACAGUUGUACACUGAAUGAAUGUUUAGAACUGUUUACAGAGCCAGAGACAUUAGGCAAGGAUGAUGCUUGGUACUGCCCCAAGUGCAAGACUCAUCAACAGGCCACCAAACAGUUGUCAGUGUGGAAGCUUCCAGAAAUACUGAUCAUUCAUCUCAAACGAUUUUCAUUCAGAAAUGUUCUGUACAGGGAUAAGAUAACAAAACUUGUGGAGUUCCCCUUGAGGGGUUUAGACAUGUCUAUGUAUACAGCGGAUAAGGGACACGCUAAUGAUGUGUACGAUCUUUUUGCUGUUUCCAACCACAUGGGGAGUGUUAAUUUUGGACAUUACACUGCGUAUGCUAGAAUAUCUGAAGGAUGUCAUGCACAGGAACAAAGAAUAGGAUGGCGUUACUGCGAUGAUCGUAGCGUGACAAAUUCCUCCGAAGAACGUGUCGUGUCUAAAUGUGCUUACGUACUGUUCUAUCAACGACGACGGACUUCGGAAUCACUUCGGAAUUCUUUCGGAAACCAGUCGGUACCUACUACUUUCGCUAAUCCUUCCUCUUCAGUUACCAAAGAACCCGCUCUUGGGGACUUGUCGUAUAAUCAUAAUGGUAUCUCGAGCAAGGAACGACCAGAAUCUUCUACCCAUGUGGAAGAAGAAUCUAGGACUAAUGAAGAAAGGUGCUCAGUCUCUGAUAAGGCUGUGCCACUAACUAACGGAAACGUUAGAACUUUCACUACUAACGAACCAGAGAUAAAUGAUAAGUCGAAAUCAGAAGCCCCGAAUGUUAUUACCUCGGAUAGUUUAUCAAACGGAGAUGGUUUAAAGCAGCAGGGAAUGUCCUCAUCAACACACAGCACCAGUACGAGAGACUCGAGUAAUCCUUAUAUCGAUCAGUCAGAAGUCGAUGAGAGUGAAUUAGAUUAAUGUAAAAAUAAUAUAUAUAAUACUACUACUACUACCAGAAUCCUUUUCGAAGCCUUCAGAUGUUAGUACGUCAGCUAGAGGUAAACUCCCGUUGUUUUUACACGCUUUUGUCGACGUCUCUCCAAUUUUGCUUUGAACGACUGAUGGAGAGAUCGUUAAAGUGCUCACUGUCGCCUUUCCGGGAGAGCUACUAAAUAAAUUCUUGGGGUGCAACCACAUGACGCUAAAUCCUCUGAGAUAUAAGUACUGUAACAGUGAAACAGCCGCCAUGUUGGUUGAUCUAACAAGAGAAGAUAACGAGAAAUGCCUUAUCGUCAAACAACAUGGCGGCUAUGACGUAUCAUGCACCCCAAGAAUUGCUAGUUUUCAAUGCUGGUCUAACUUAGUGCGGAUCUUAUUUUUGCCCAAACCUAGUCAACCCCAGACGCGGUUACUUCAUUUAUACUAUCAUAUACAUCAAAUUUAUAAUGUCUCAGGAAUGUUGUGAUUGACUGAAACUAAAAAUUUAGACGUCUGGAUAUUAUUAUUCGUUAUUAGAUUCUCAUGGAAAUGUUAGCAAAAUAUCUAUAACUAUUUGAAUCAAGGUAACAAAAACUAUAAACAAGCUCCUGGUUGUAGAGAUUUGUUUGGAGCAGUACAUAACGAUAAUGGCAAGAAAGGAGGRGAAUCAUCCUAAAGAACAAAAGACGUGGCCGCCAUGUUGAUUGGCAUGUCUUUAAAAACCAAGACCAAAUCUUUUGUUCAAGUUAAUCAACAUGGUAGCUAUGACGUCACAUGCACAAGAACAAAAGACGUGGCCGCCAUGUUGAUUGGCAUGUCUUUAAAAACCAAGACCAAAUUCUUUUUUCAAAGUCAACCAAGAUGGCGGCUGUGAAGUCACAUUCACCCCAAGAAUUCGCCUCGUCGCCUCGCUACUAGCGACCUUUAGAUACGACGACGAAUACGAGAUCGAGUACGAGUACGAGUUUUAAAAUUGGUCCUGUGCACGUGGUUAACACUAAAUCGUAGUCGAUUUCCGAUUUUUUACAAUCUAAAGUUUCAAUGUACGUACACGAUCACGACUACAAAAAGACAGUGCCUCUCUUUAAAAGUUAAACACUCGUACUCGUACUCGUUUGUCGUACUCGUCGUCGGAUCUAAAGGUCUCUAAUGUCAAAAAACGAAACGACUACGAUGUAAAUCAACAUAUGGARCUUUCGGUUUUGAUAAAUAACUUUCUUAAUUAAAUUUUUUUCUGAAAUUUUGUAAAUAUUUGCUUAUGAAAUAUCUCGUUAAAUGAA